AUGAAGGAACCUUGUUACAGCUUUGAGCAGGAAGACUCCAUUUCUGAAUUUCCCUUCUGGGACCAGGCAGAUCCUAAUACUGAGCUCCAAACGCAGUUGGAUAACUUCCUAUUGGACUGCACCUCCCUGGCAAACCAGUCCUCCCCUUGGUCGUCCUUUACUUGCCAGCCCCUGGUGCCUGAUGACCCGCUCUCCCUCCUAGACCUCACCAAAGGAGAGCUCCGGCUGGAGCAGAGUGCUGAACUGGACAGCUCCCCAUCCCAGCCAGGGCCCAGCACGCCACCAGCGAGACAUCCCCGGCACAUCCCACCUCACCCUUACAAGGUCCAAAGGCACGCUGCAAACAUCAGGGAGAGGAAGAGGAUGCUCAACAUCAACUCUGCCUUUGAUGAGCUCAGGUGCCAUGUACCAACUUUCCCCUAUGAAAAGGGCCUCUCCAAAAUUGAUACGCUCCGGCUGGCCAUCGCGUACAUAGCUCUGCUCAGUGAGAUCCUCCUCUCCGGACACGAUCCCAAAUCCUACGUGGAGCAGUGCCUCAAGGAUGGCUCUCAAGGCCACCUCCAGGCAAUCUGGAACACAAGUGAUCUGACAGCCCGCCUGUCCUGGGUAAAGUGGGAUUAA